AAGUCCCUAACCUCAACUUUCAGUUUAUUGCUGAUGUUUGUGACACCUUGAGUAGAAAGUGGGCUAGAAAUGUCAUUCGUUGUUUGAUCAGUUGCCCAGUGCGUCUCUAAAUCAAUACUGAAAGGUUUCCUUCUCUGAAGUUUUUGCCUCUCUCAGUUUUCCAUUUACAGUUUACUCAGAAGUGCUGUAAGAACAACGCAGCAGAUUCACCCUCGGCUUGUAAAAUUGGGUGUACUCAUACAGUAAAUUUUUCAUUUGAGCCCACGCUCCAAGCGCAGUGAUAUCUCAUUACAGUGUUGUAUACUUGCUGCAUUAUUUAGCGAGGAUAAGACUUCGGCUGAAAUGGCCUUGGAUGCAGCCCGUGAGUAGGCCAGUAUUGGACACAGGAAGUGUUUUGAGUUGAAACAAGUACAUGGGAGGCUUGACUGCAAACAACUAGAUCAUUGAAGCACUCCAGACUUCUCUACUCUUGUCAGAAGUUUCAAUAUGCAGGACAACAAGACGUUUCUGUCAAUGCUCAGCAAUGUCCUCAACACAGACGGUUUCUACUUCUGCACGGACUACGACCUGACCCACACCCAGCAGCGUCUGUCCAACACGAGCCCGGACUUCCAGGAGAUGAGCCUGCUGGAGAGGGCAGACCAGAGAUUUGUGUGGAAUGGAAACCUUUUAAGAGAAAUAACCGCACAGCCCGAGCUCCAUAAAUUUGCAUUUCCUGUCAUCCACGGAUUUAUUGUGAUGAAGCCUUGCUGCAUCAAUGGGAAGGUGUUUGAGUGGAUCCUCAUCUCGAGACGGAGCUGUUUCAGAGCGGGGGUCCGAUACUAUGUCAGAGGCAUUGACUCUGAAGGCCAUGCUGCUAACUUCGUUGAGACUGAACAGAUAGUCCAGUACAGUAAUGCCCGGGCGUCCUUUGUGCAGACUCGAGGCUCCAUGCCCUUUUUCUGGUCUCAAAGACCCAACCUGAGGUACAAACCCAAGCCACAGAUAAGCGCUGACACCAAUCACAUGGAUGGAUUCAGGAGGCAUUUUGAGACGCAGGUUCUCAUUUAUGGCAAACAGGUUAUUCUAAAUCUGGUUAAUCAGAAAGGAUCUGAACUGCCUCUUGAGCAGGCCUUCGCCAAAAUGGUCAAUGGCAUGGAGAACGGAUUUAUCAAGUACAUCGCCUUCGACUUUCACAAGGAAUGCAGUAAGAUGAGAUGGCAUCGCCUCCAGAUUCUUGUCGAUGGUGUUUCUGACAUGCAAGAUGAGUUUGGGUAUUUCAUGGUGAGCUCAGACGGCAAGGUGACAUCCGAGCAGUCUGGAACCUUUCGCAGUAACUGUAUGGACUGUCUGGACCGUACCAACGUCAUUCAGAGCCUGCUGGCCAGACGCUCCCUACAGAGCCAGCUACAGAGAAUGGGUGUCCUCCACGUAGGCCAGAAAAUUGAGGAACAGGCUGAUUUUGAGAAGAUUUAUAAGAACGCGUGGGCAGACAACGCCAAUGCUUGUGCUAAACAGUACGCAGGAACUGGGGCACUGAAAACCGACUUCACCAGAACCGGGAAGAGGACUCACUGGGGAUUGGUAAUGGACGGCUGGAACUCGAUGAUCCGUUACUACAAGAACAAUUUCUCAGACGGGUUCAGACAAGACUCCAUCGAUCUCUUCCUCGGAAACUAUACGGUAGAUGAAACCGAUGGCUUGACGCCUCUGCACAUGCAGAAGGACUGGAAGUUCCUCUUGCUUCCUGUUAUUAUGGUGGUGGCCUUCUCCAUGUGCAUCAUUUGUCUCCUAAUGGCUGGUGACACUUGGACGGAGACCCUGGCUUACGUGUUGUUCUGGGGAAUGGCCAGUGCUCUUACGGCUGCUUUCAUCGUGUUCAAUGGACGGGAGUUUGUAGACGCACCCAAACUGGUUCAAAAGGAGAAGAUGGAUUGAAUAUCAAGUCCUCCUUCCCUAUGUUCUCUCUGUUUCCUCUUUAUUUUCCUCCAGUACUGUCCUCCUCUCCACACUGUCCUUAAACUUAAGCAAAGCAAGCAUCCCUGUUUCCUGCUCCCAAAGAGGGAGCAUAUUACCAUAUCGUUUCACAUCAGUCGCUACAAAUGUCCUACAAAUGUCCUUUGAAUCAUGGGACACGGUGUCCAAACUUCUCAAAAUUCCCUUAACAGUAAUACUUGCAUCAUAGAAUUGCACAAAAUCCCCACUCUGUAAGUGCUUACUUUACCGCUACUGUUUGGCAAUCGAUCUAAAUCGACCCGUUGUGAAAUCAGAGCAAUUGUGUUGGCUCUAGAGCUUCUGCUUCAUGAUAUUGGACACCAGGCGUGCGCCCAUGGGCCCAGUCUAUGGGCUGACAGAUCAAUGGAGGUCUAUUGUAAUUAGAUUGUUGCACAAGAGAACAUUACAUGAUAUUUCAGUGGCUCACCCCUUGGUUACUUCCAUUUCUGUCCUCUCAAAUCUGUGCUGAAAUCAGCCUUAUGCCUCAGUUUUAUUUUCAGUUGUUCUUUGCAGUGGCAGUUUGGGUUUUAAUGUGGUUUCCUUUUGUUCUGCCAGCAUAUUUAUGGGUUUGUGUCUCUCGUAAAUGAUCAAAUUAGACAGCUGUGGGACGCACUGGGGGAGAGAGAGUGGUAUUAAGCACUGUUUCUUUAUGAGUUUACAGAAAAAUAUGAGCUGCACUUUUCCUGCGUAACUUCUUUAUGUCUCUUCGAAGACCAAUGAACACUAACAGAUACGGCACGCAUAAAGUCGCCCUGUAAUGGCUCUUCGACUGCACAUCUCUUCAACGUUACCAAUUCAGUGGCAGUUCAUUAGACGCAAAUAGACUAGUAUCAGAAUAGCUGUCAAAUUGACUCGCGCUUUUAAUUGAAUUCCCUUAAACUGUACUGACAAUUCAGAAGGCAUUAGCUUUUAACUAAAUUAUUUAGACAAGUGGCUUUCAAGUACGCCGUAUAGCAGAAAAAAAAUGUCAGUUUUAUUGAUGUUCACUUGCAUGAUGGUGCGUUUCAAAAGGCCUUACCUCUACCCCGCCGGUUUCCUUUCGUUUUGACACAUUUAGCAAGGUGUUUUUGGGAUCGGGAGGGGACGCUGAUGGAUAAAUUGCUUUUAGGACUUCCUUUUGAACGCGUUAGUACUUUUAGAACUGAAUGCUCAUCGGUUUGGUUUAAUGCUGACGAAGAAUGUAGCUUUCGAUGCCUUUAUACGCGGGUGUUUUGUAGUCCUCUGCAAAGCUACAGUGGUAACAGUCAUUGCAACAGGCGAUUGCAAAUGAAAGUUUCAUCAAAUUCAUAUUUUAUUGAUUCUCUUUGUGUGCAAAGAACACCUUGGAAUUAAAAGGAACGGACGUAAACAGAACACUGAUAACUAAAUCCUGUACGUUUGAUGUUUACCUGUAUAAAUCUGAUGUGUAAACUGUACAUUGGGAAGAAAUGAAGAAUUUAUAAAUAUAUAUACGAGUGUGUUAUUGUAAUCAUGUACUGUACAGUGUAGUUUACAACAACAUAGCUUUAGCACUUUCUGGUUGAAUUAUUGAUCAAUCAAAGUGAUGUUACUGAUCACAUUCUUCCAUCACAGGGCUUGAUGAAUAUGGCUUUCAUUAACCCUAGGUUAUGAACUGCAUCGUAUUUCCAGGGUGCAUUUGGGUUGAAGUGUGUUAAAUGACAUGUCAUCAAUAUUAAUUGUGUUUUUGGACUUGAUCCUGACGGUGUUUUAAAACCUUCUCUCGUCUUGUUUGAUUAAGAGCCUCAAGAUUACAGCUGCAUUUCUGAUUACCGCGCUCGUUCAGAAGUAUUCAGCACUCGCCCGUGAUUUCAAGGGAAUAGUUUGUGAAACAUCAGUUGUCUUUAGUGGUCUACCAGUCCUUUAUCAGUCUGAAUGAAAACCGCACUGCAAUCUCGGUAUUGUUUGGUUUUGAUCAUUGAGGUGUCAUUUAAUACUAUUUAAAAGACAUUUCAACCACUGUAACCCAUGGUUUCUUAAUGAAAUCGUGUUUAAUAAAUUCUACCAAUAAAA